AGCGGCAGCGGGGACUUUCCCCUCGAUUGUCAACAAUCCGAACAGGAUCUGACCAAUCAACCUCUUGACCUGGUUGCGGACCGCUCCACCGUUGCAGUCGACGACCCCGGUGUUGUAGAUGUCGGCGAAACAUCUGAGCUCUACGAAACAUUACCGUAAGUUGGGUGAUACUCCACGAUGGAACGACCUUCUAAUCUGGGUUCUCAGUUUCGCACAGCGCCUGUUGUACCCCGAGUCGACCUGCGCUUCUUGCAAUGCUCCCCUGGAUACUUCUGAGGAGCUGUUUAAUCUGAACUCUCCGAAUCUGUACUGCACAAGGAACCGAUCACCAGAUCAUCUUAGUCUCCGAUGCGUCGACAAAACCUGUCACCGGAAAUUUCAAUCUCUGGCAGACCUCAAGAAACAUUUCAAACAAACCUUUUGGCACGCGUCAUUUAAUUGUGCAAUUCCAGGAUGUGGGGUGCCUCUCCCGAAGUGGCAGACGAAGUAUCACUUCUUGCAUGAUCACAAAGGCGUUAAAUAUCACUGUGCCCAGUGUGGAACUGGAUUUAAUACCAUUCGUCAACUGGAUGGCCAUGGCAAAGACACAAUGCAUUCCGCUUAUGUCUGUAGAUACCCCGAGUGCGGCUCUGAAUCCACCAGAUCUGGUGAGAUGAAUCGACACCAUCUAAGCCACAAACAAUCUGUCCCUCGGCAUCCAUGCCCUCACUGUCGCAAAUAUCGGGGAGACAAUGGAUUCAAGCGCAAGGAUCACCUUCGUCAACAUAUAAGGAACUACCAUCACAUCGACGUCGAUGCCCAGGACCCGGACACCGACAAAUCGGCUGGGCAUCCUUGCACCUUCGAAGGUUGCGAUAAGACCGACUUUGAGACCGAGAAGCUCAUGAAAAUCCAUCUCAAAAAGGAGCAUCCGUCUCCUUAUCAGUGUUCGUACCCUGGAUGCCAUCGCAUCGGCACCAAUGGGUGGAUGCGUGAGAGGGACAUGGUCAAGCACAUGAAGAAGAACCACGAGGUUUGAUUCGCUACAAACUUCGAUCAUGCAUGAAGAACCCCAUGCCUAUGACGGCGUAGUGGACAUCCCUUUUCUGUUUGGAUUUUGCAAUGGUGUUUUCUCUUUGCGUUUUAAUCUGUGGUUUCUCACUG